AUGCAGAAUAUAGUUGGAGAACAACAUAGUGAUUCAUCGUCCGAUGAUGAAGAACUUGAGUUCUUAGCUUUGUUUGGUGUGAAUGCACCUUUGAAUGCACGCUACAAUGUGGCGCCUGUGGGUGGCGAAAAACGUCAUUUUUAUGACGGGAAAAAAAGUGGACAGGACUGGAUCGAUGACCUUAAAGCAGGACAUCAUGACAGAAUGCUAAAUGCCAUGAGGAUGGAUGUUCCUUCUUUCUUAAAGCUAUGUGAAAUUUUAGUCAACGGAAAUUUCAUUAAACAAGAUUAUCGGAAAAGGGUUCAGGCUGAAGAGGCUGUAGGCAUGGCUCUACAUUGUGUGAGCCAUGAUGAACGGCAUCGAAAUAUUGCCGAGAGGUUUCUCCACUCCACUGAAACGAUCCACAGGAAUAUUAAGGAGGCAUUGCAAGCUAUUGUGCGUUUAGCCCCGAUUCUAAUACGGCCGAGGAAUGAGACUGGUGUGCAUCCCAAGAUAUACAACAGCAAUGCCUUUUAUCCAUGGUUUAAGGACUGUGUUGGCGCUAUAGACGGAACUUUGAUUCCCGCCAGUGCGCCACUAACUCGGCAACGUGCUUUUCGUAGUAGAAAAGGUGAAAUUUCACAGAACGUGCUAGCUGCUUGUGACCACGACAUGCGAUUCACUUAUAUUUAUGCUGGUGUUGAAGGGAGUGCUCAUGAUACUAGAGUUUUUCAGCAUGCUGUGUUGUCCCCUGAUUCUUCAUUUCCAAUGCCGCCUGCAGGUAAAUACUAUCUUGUUGACUCGGCUUACAAGAAUAUGCCUGGUUUUUUGGCCCCGCAUAAAGGCCACAGAUACCAACGAGACCAGUUUGGCGGGGUAUCUGGUGGACCAAGAGGCAAGUAUGAGCUUUUCAAUCACCGUCACUCGCAACUCCGCAAUGUCAUUGAGCGGACCUUCGGCGUGCUAAAGGCUAGAUUCCCAAUCUUGAAAGGGCCAAUGUCGAACUACUUGAUGAAUAGACAAGUAGAAUUGGUAAUUGCCUGUUGUGUAUUACAUAACUUUAUCAGGGAUGAGCAUCCACAUGAUGAGUUGUUUGCAAGGGAGUCCGGGGAAGAUGAAGAAGAUUAUGCCGAUCCGGGUGCACAACCCCAGCAAAUUGACUUAUCUGCUGCGGCACAGCGCAAUUGGAAUAGUUUCCGGAUGGCCAUAACCGAUCACAUGUUCGACCACUGGAAUGGGAGAUAUGUUCCACACUAG